AAGUUAGUCUCAACUAUCAGAGAUCAAUGUUUGAAAAACAAUUGUGGAGGAAUCAAGCACAUCUCGACCGUUUUUAGACUGAUGGAUAUAGACUAUUCUAAAAGGAUAUGUUUUGAGGAAUUAGCACGUGGAGUGAAAACGUUUGACAUUUCGAUUAGUGACGAAGAGCUAAAACUUUUAUUCGACAUCCUCGACAAAGACAAGUCUGGUUAUAUUGAUUUUAAUGAAUUUAUGCAUAACCUUCGACCCGUCAUGAGUCUAUCAAGAAUUCAGGUUAUCAAUGAAGCCUUCAAUAAAUUAGAUGUUAAUAAUGAUGAUGAGUUACAGGUUGGAGAUUUACAAGGU